AUGACUGUGAAAGAAUUUUGUAAAGCAGGUGACGCUCGACUAGCUGAAAAGAUGCAGAAGUUGCAGAAGAGUUUGGGCUGUUUGUUCCUUCUCUGCUGCAUCUGUUUGACUGAGUGCCGGGUGCUGAAGUUUGUUGUAGCUGUGUUCCGGCACGGAGAUCGAUCACCUAUUGAGUCAUAUCCCAGGGAUCCAUAUGGGGAGGAAGUGUGGGCUCAGGGUUUCGGACAGUUGACUGAGCUGGGCAUGAAACAGCAGUUUGAACUCGGCCGGUUUCUAAGGAGGCGUUACGGAAAUUUCCUCAGUGAAGACUAUAACAGCAAAGAGAUAUAUGUGCGGAGUACUGACUACGACCGCACUCUGAUGAGUGCCCAGGCUUGCCUUGCUGGGAUGUUCCCCCAAACCAGACCCAUCAUGCCCCAGUUACUGUGGCGGCCUAUUCCAGUGCACACCAUCCCCAGAGCCCUCGACAAGUUGCUGAGGUCUCCAGGUAAAGACUGUCCAAGGUUCAGCGCUAUGAUGACGGAGACCUUCGAGAGUCAUCCCUACCAGAAGUUCCUUAAAGCUCACCAGUACUUUGUGGAGGCUCUCUCUAACCACACUGGCUACCCCGUGUCCAAGCUGGUUGGCAAAAAAAUAUGGAGGGUCCACGACACUCUUAACUGUGAGAGGAUUCAUAACUUGACUCUGCCACGCUGGGCCACCCAAGAGGUCUUGGACACCCUGAAGAGAAUAGCUUCCUUUGAGGUCAUGUACAGCAUCCUCAGUCACAAGCGAAAAGAGAAGGCCAGGCUCUCGGGAGGGGUCCUGCUGAAUGCCAUCCUGAGGAAUUUCUCUAAGGCUGUAGAGCAAGGGAGCACUCUCAAAUUCAUUAUGUACUCAGCUCAUGACUCUACACUCAUCACCCUCCAGGCAGCUCUGGACGUGUAUAACGGGCUUCUUCCUCCUUACGCUGCCUGUCAACUCUUUGAGUUCUACCAGGAGCAUGAUGGAUCCUAUUCUGUGGAGCUGCACUACCACAAUGACUCUCGGAACAACCCCUACCCCAACCCUGUGCCAGGAUGUAACGGGUUGAGCCCUUGUCCUUUAUCCUUGUUUAAUGAGCUGGUGAAGGACGUACUGGCAGAUGACUGGCAGGCCGAGUGUGGGUUUAAGACAAAAUGGUCAAGCACAGGUGAACAAGAUAAAGUUUAUAAUCUGUGUCUAUGUCUGUAUUUGGUGUUGCCACCAGGUUUCUCUGCAACUUGUUUAUUAUUAUUGGGGGUUUUUUUUUGGAGGGGGGGCUUGUCUGGGAUUAUUCAGAACACACUGCCUCAUUUAAACAUAUCAAGGCUUUUGGAUAUUUGCCAUGUAUAGCUAAACAGUUGUUGUCUCCCACAGGUACCAUAACAGCUCUUGCAGUGGCUGUGGGACUCCUGGCGGUGGCGCUGUUAUUCAGUAUAGGGGUGAUAAUCCUCAGGCGGAGAGGACAGUACUCCAGGGAAGUGUAGCAGAGAUGAUUGACACACUUGUACCAUAAAAUAUAUAAAUAUAAAAAUGCUUCCCAACUAAUGUUCACUGUAAUAUGAUCGUGAUAGUUAUUGUGCGCUUGAACAGAUUUGAGCCUUCAUAA